GGGCGGUGCGGGCGGAGCCGUCGGAUGCCGCGGGCCGCUCCCUGGACUUCGGUCCCCCGCCGUUGUAGGGGUUGACGGCCUGCGAGCGUGGCGGGUGUCGGAGGCGCUCGGGUUCCCGACCGGUCCGGUCUCAGCCGUCCUCGCCGCGCGCACCGAGCGCCAUGGCCCAGCCGCCGCCCGACGUCAGCGAGGACGAGUGUCUCCCUGAGUACCGCCAUCACUUCUGCCCCGACCUGCUGCGGGACAAAGUGGCCUUCAUCACAGGUGGUGGCUCUGGGAUCGGGUUCCGGAUUGCUGAGAUUUUUAUGCGGCAUGGUUGCCACACGGUCAUCGCCAGCAGAAGCCUUCCAAGAGUGUCGAAGGCUGCCAGAAAGCUGGCUGCUGCCACCGGCCAGCGGUGCCUCCCUUUAUCUCUGGACGUUCGGGCUCUCCCUGCCAUCACAGCUGCUGUGGACCAGGCACUGAGGGAGUUCGGGAAGAUCGACAUUCUUGUUAACUGUGCAGCUGGAAACUUCCUGUGCCCCGCCAGUGCGUUGUCCUUCAACGCCUUCAAGACUGUGAUGGACAUUGACACCUUGGGCACCUUCAACGCGUCUCGUGUGCUUUAUGAGAAGUUCUUCAGGGACCAUGGAGGGGUGAUUGUGAACAUCACUGCGACACUGGGGACCCGGGGGCAGGUGCUUCAAGUGCAUGCCGGCUCGGCCAAGGCGGCUGUGGAUGCGAUGACACGGCACUUGGCUGUGGAGUGGGGUCCCCAGAACAUCCGUGUCAACAGCCUCGCCCCUGGCUCCAUCAGUGGCACAGAGGGCUUCCGGCGUCUGGUCGGCUCCCAGGCCAGUGUCAGCACGAAGACUCUUGCCAUCCCCCUGCAGAGGCUGGGCAACAAGACCGAAGUCGCCCACGGUGCGCUGUUCCUGGCCAGCCCUUUGGCAUCCUACGUGACGGGCGCCGUGCUGGUGGUUGACGGCGGGGCGUGGCUGACAUUCCCCAACGACCUCAAGUUGCUGGCAGAUUUCGCCUCCUCUGCUAAGCUCUAGGCCCUGGAUGCCUGAAGCAAAGGAAGUGUUCUGAAGGGAAGCUGGUCCACCUGUCUCCCGAGGACUUCUGGGACGGCUCCUGCCAUGUGCUCCUUGGAGGGCUGCCUCCCACCGCCACACUGGACAGUCUCAGCAGCAUCUCAGCUGGACACUGGCCCAUCCUCUGGGAACUCGGCUGUGUCCACAUUCCCUCCCCACAGCCCCGUCUCCCGUACUCAGUUGGGAGUGAUCAGGCAGUGAGGCCCCUGCUCGCCAGCCUGCACCCUGUGGAUGUCUGUCAGGGGCACUGGGAUGUUCUGGAACUCCCUGGGAGUCCUGUGGUGGCCCUACUGCCUGUCUGCAGAAAGCAGGGUGUUUCAGGCCCCCCGUCUUCCCUUCCUUGCUCUUCCACUUGGGGGUCUUACUCCACAAGGGGAAGCCAGACCAGGGAGGCUAGAGAAGCGUGUUUGAUCCCUCCCGCCCCAGGCCUGGCAUCCUGAAUCUCCUCGCCAAGGUGUUGGACUACCAUGGGAUCCCCUGGCUGGGGGCCACCCAUCCCUCUCAGCCGUUGGUGACAUGGACUGGGUUUUCCCCCACCUGCCCUGGAGUAUGUCCUUUGUUGGGAUAACCCAGAGGAUCGAGUCCUGUGCCAUUCAGGGCCUCACUUUCUAGGCCCUCCAGCUGGCCAUUGUCACCAAUAGCCUCUCAUUGGCCUAGAGGGGUCAGAAAAUUAUAGCUCUCCUUUGUUCCUUUGAUGAUCACUCUUUGCCAUUCAGGCCAGGACCUAAGGGAACCCCUUGGACCCUAGGAUUUGUUUUCUGUGCUGUUUGUUAGAAGCUCUGAGGUGCCCUUGUACGGGAGGUGCUCCCAGCUGUGGUCUGGCCAGGCAAGCGGUGUCCUCCCUGUCUGUACCACCAGUUUGCAUUGUGCCAUUAAAUGCAUGUCCCUAGGGGCAUGCAGUGGGCUAAAGCCUCUGCCUUCUGCUCAGGUCAUGGUCCCAGGGUCCUGGGAUAGAACCCUGAGUCGGGCUCUG